AUGCCAUCCCAAUUUGCUCUUAUGGGUGUGUUAAGCGCUCAACAAUCAGAGUUGCCUCAAGAUCCUAGAGUUAUGCUAAACACAAAUGUGCCGUUCUCCGCCUUCAUAUGCGGGGUCCAAGGCAGUGGGAAGUCUCAUACCACAAGUUGCAUUACAGAGAAUUGCUCCUUGCCAUUGCCUAUCUUAGGGGCCCUGAAGCGGCCACUCUCCACACUGGUGCUCAAUUUCAAUGAGCACAGCUCGAAUGUUGGUGCCCAGCCGUGCGAAGCUGCCUUCCUGUCUUCAGUUUUGCCGGAAUGGUCGAAGCAUGGAUUCUCCAUCCCCGUUAGAGUUCUGUUGCCUUCCUCGAAUUUCUACAGUCUCAAGAUAAUGUACUGCCAGAUACCAAAUGUCGAGGUUCAGCCAUUCAAACUCAAGCCACAUCACUUGAAUAUCAGUACAAUGUUAUCUCUCAUGUCCAUGGGAAAUGGUGACCAGAUGCCCUUAUACAUGAGCCAGGUAACCAGAGUUCUCCGUGAAAUCGCAAUUGAAAACAAAGGAGGAACCUUUGAUUAUCUUGAUUUCAGAAGACGCCUGGAAGACCUAAAUCUAAAUCGUAUGCAGACACCCUUCCUACAUCAGAGAUUGGAUCUGCUUGAUUCCUAUCUGGACCUUAAGGGGGAGCACAAUGGCGACUACUUCACUGACGGUGGCAUCACUAUCUUGGAUUUGUCUUGCCCAUUCAUGGAUCAGGCUACCACCUGUCUCCUUUUUCGUAUUGCUAUUGAUCUCUUCCUACAUGCACAUCCCUCACGGGGUAAGAUGAUCGUGGCAGAUGAGGCUCACAAGUAUAUGAGCGAAACACCAGCAGCUAAGGACUUGACUGAGACAUUCCUUAACAUCAUUCGCCAGCAACGCCACCUUGGGGUUCGGACCGUCAUCUCCACGGAAGAGCCAACCAUUUCGCCGCGGCUGAUUGACCUUUGCUCUAUGACAAUCAUUCAUCGGUUUACAAGCCCUGAGUGGUACAGAACAAUCAAGAAACAUGUCACUAUUGAUGACGAGAGUAACAACAACAACGCUGAAGAAUGCCUUGAUGGACUUCAUGAGAUUGCACGUUUGCGAACAGGGGAGGCUUGGGUUUUUGCGCCCUCUGCUUACCUCCUGGAUGAAAAGAACGCUGUGGUCAACGUUACACACAAAGUUUUCAAAAUGGCAAUUCGAAAGCGUAUCACCUGGGACGGAGGGAGGACAAUUUUGUGUGUCCGUUGA